GUCAUAGAGGGCGCCACUUAAAAAUGGAGGAAGUAGACGGAUAUUUGCGAGUAAAAAGAUUUGAUGACCUGGUGAAUGUGCAGACAUACCUGAAUGCGAUUGAGAGGACAAACAGUUACAAUGCACGAUUACAACAGGAGCGCAAGAUGAGGAUGCCAUUCUUAGAUUCUCAAACUGGGGUUGCUCAAAAUAGCACUAAUUUAAGGAUGCAGUAUCACCAAAGGGCACCUGGAACUAGACCAGGUCAACUGUACAGUUAUCCUGCAAAGAGAUGGAAGAAGAAAAAGAGAGCUUUUGAACCUUCAGUGAUGGAGAAAAUAAUGAAAGCUGGUGAUAUUGAAAUGGCUGAUGCAGAUAUGCAUCAAAUCAGUGCAAUAGAGAAUCCAGCAGCUCUAAGACACGAAGAAUCUCAACCUGAAGAACUAGUAGAGAAUGCUAAGAUUCAAUGGUACGAUGAGUUUGAGAACAUCAGUGAGCCACCAGAUGCUGGCGAGAUUGAUGAGAAAGGUUCAGACAGCAGCGACUAUGAAGAGCUAUAUGCAAAGAAAAAGAAGAAAAGGGGUGGGAGACCUCGUGGCAGUAAGACUAAAGCAAAGGUGGAUAAGGAUCUGUACUAUGAAGUUGACGAGAAAGAAAAGCCAUAUGGAUGCGACAUUUGUGGGGCCCGCUACAAGACCAAACCUGGCCUGACAUACCAUCUGACACAUGCCCACACAGACAACAUGGAGGAGGAUGAAGACCUCUAUCUCCCCUCUCCUAAACCAACGCCAUCUUCCUUUGAUAAUGCGCCAGAGAAGGAGAAACCCACAGAGAAAUAUUGUGAUUUCUGUCUUGGGAAUGAAAUGAAGAAUGAGAAGACUGGUGGUCCUGAGGAAUUGGUCUCGUGUGGAGAUUGCGGUAGAUCAGGUCACCCCACAUGUCUCCAGUUCACCGCCAAUAUGAUAGUAUCUGUGAAGAAGUACCCCUGGCAAUGCAUCGAGUGCAAGUCAUGUGGACUUUGUGGUACAUCAGAUAAUGAUGACCAACUGUUGUUCUGCGACGACUGCGACAGAGGCUACCAUAUGUAUUGCCUGAAGCCCCCUCUUUCUGAGCCCCCAGAGGGAAGUUGGAGCUGUCAUCUCUGUAUUGAAGAAUUCCAUGGUGGAAAGAAGCCCAAUGGACAGUGAACACUUGUUACUAGUAUAUGAGGGAAUAGUUCUAGACUCUAACUUGGAUUCAUUUAAUGCUGCCACGUUACAUGGAUCACUCGCUGUAUACCAUGUACACAAUAAUUUGUACACACAAAAGUAGAUUCCAUGUACACAAUAAUUUGUACAGACAAAAGUAGAUUGAAACUAUGAGUCCCAAGGCUUGUUGCUACAACUAAGGAGGGGUGGCAAUUGUCAGAAUUAAGCCUACCCUCAAAAGAAUAUGGAUGGCAAAACAUGUUUUCACAUUCAUCAGACAAAUACAUGUACAUAUAAUGCCUGGAUGCAACUGUAUUUUCAAGCAUAUCAAGUAUAAUUUAUUAGAUUAUAUGUUGUAUAAAUAUAACUUUUGUUGAUUAAUAUGAAUUCUAUAAGAUAUGGGUAUAUAAAGUAGAUUGGAGCCAUGAUUAGCAAUCAACAUUUUCAGUUUCAUUAAAAGUACCAUAAAUAGGGAGAUAAGAA